ACCCUCCAACAAAACGUCGGCUGCACUUUACACAGCAGCUCGUCUCUGAGCCGCCGGAGCUGAAGAAUGAGAAUCAGCAGACACGGUCAUGCUGCUUAUCUGUUGGACACGCACGCAGUAGCUACAGCACACCAAUCAAGUCCGCGUUGUCCAUGAAAGGAACACAUUAUAAGGCUCGUGAAGUCAGUCAGGCUGGAAGUCUUUAAAGGUGAUCUGUGCAGAUCACGGCGGUUCCCACAAAAACAGUGGAGGGCGUGUUGUAUAUGCCAGUGGAUUUGGGAGUGUUAGUCACAGGCGCAGGAAGACGCAAACGUUGCCCAAUCACAUGGCAGGGAGGCUCCCGGCCUUGAAUUGAUUAGAGAGCCUUGGAUCGGAGAGAGGAAUGGGGUGGGGAAUGUGUUUCUAGAAAGCUGGGAGAGCAACUAUGCCUGGAUCAGGCUUCACCCAUGCUGCACUACAAGGAGGUCAGAGAGUGAUUGUCAUUUCAUGGGGGCGCUGACUGCAAGAGUGCUAGAAAAGGAAGGGAGAGCGAGGAGCCUGGGGAGGAGAGAUCCCGUCCGUGCAGCGCAAGCAGCUGGUGAGAGUUAGCGGGUGACUGAGUAGCUGCCACAGGCCCAUUAUGGCUCAGGUGCUGCAUAUGGACCCCGGCUUCCCAGGGAAACUCAACCCGCCUGCUCCCCCUUCCUUGCACGGCAAAGAACAGGAGGCGCCCUACUCAGUGGAGACCCCCUAUGGCUACCGUCUGGACCUAGACUUCCUCAAAUAUGUUAACGACAUAGAGAAGGGAAACACCAUCAAAAAGGUGCCUAUCCAACGCCGGCCACGCUAUGGCUCCCUGCCCCGUGGCUAUGGCUAUGCUGGCUCCUGGUGGACUUCCACAGAGUCACUGUGCUCCAAUACAAGCAUGGACAGCCGGCACUCCUCCUUCUCCUACUGUGCCCCAGGCUACCACACGACACAGAGGCCCAGCUUCAGCACUGCCCGGGUGGAGAAGACCCUGUUAGAUGCACGCAGGAAGCUGGAAGAGGAGAAAGAGGGGCGGAGGUUCUCCAACCUGGGUAGCAUGCACAGCAGCGUAGCAGGGUCUAACACGUCUCUCAGCAGUGCGCACAGCUUCAACCGAGCCCAUGGUGGAAGUGGAUCCUUCACCCCAAUAAAUUCUGGCCUGUCUACUCCAGUGACCCCAACACCAGCCCACCUGCAGCAUGUCAGGGAGCAGAUGGCUGCAGCCCUCAGGAAAAUAAGGGAGCUUGAGGAGCAGGUGAAAACCAUCCCUGUGCUGCAGGUCAAAAUCUCUGUGCUGCAGGAGGAGAAACGGCAGCUCAGUGUCCAGCUGAAAAGCCAGAAGUUCCUGGGCCAUACUCUGGGUUUCGGCCGAGGUCGUUCCCGCGGAGAACUCUACAUCGACAUCCCUGAGGAGGAGGAGCGGAACGGAGCCAGGAGCGGCAAUAAACCAGCAGGGUCUCUGUCUCCCACCACACCCGAGGGCUCCAAGCAAGACUCAGGGUGUGAGAUUGAGGACACAGUGAUUGUGGGUGGAGCUCGACCAGAUGCAAAGCGGGAAGUGCGCACAAUUGGAGUGGGACCAGAGGACUCAAGGGGCUGUUGUCAGGUGGCAGUUGGGGUUCGGGAGGAGGAUCUGGGGCUGCUGCCGGAGACAGUGGCUCUUAAGAAUCAAGUGGGUCAGCUUGAGGGCCAACUAAAGAGGACAACGCAAGAGCUGCAGGCUGCACAACGGCAGGUUGCAGCAGUCCAGAACGCCCCACAGGCCGAGCAUCCAGUCAUGGCUACCAGCAUGGGCUGGCAGGAGCCACAAGACUGCAGCCUGCACACUCUGGUCAGCUUCACACAACUGCCCAAACAGAAGGAACAAAGAACUGUAGGAAUCCAGGUGUACACAAUGGAGCAGCCUACUGUGGUGGAGGUGGGCACUCUGCUCAGAGCAGAGACCUGCAACUCCCCCUCCCUUCAAGCAGCUGGUCGAGUCAUGGAGGGCCACCUCAGAGGACAAACUGAAGAUGGUCCAGUUGAGUUGCCGAUUGCAGUCAGCUCAAAGCAAGUGCGCGAUGUCCUCAAGAGCGAGUUGUCCACUUCGGUACCCGUAGCUACUACUGUCAUCGCUGUAGGCACGUCUGGCGAUCAGAUUGGUUUGUUGCAUCCAAAAGAUGGAGAGACACCCCUGCCCACAUCAGCAGAGGCUGUCCAGUCACAAGAAGGCUCUCAGACAGCCUCUUCACCGCAGUCUUCUCUGAGGUCCAUUAUGAAACGGAAAGCAGAAGGUGAACCAGGAUCUCCCACCACAAAGAAAAACCUACAGUUCAUUGGAGUAAACGGAGGCUACGAGUCCACAUCAUCAGACGAUAGCAGCAGCGAAAGCUCAGACGAGGGGAGUGACUCCAGUGAAUAUCACGAAGCCAGAGAAAAACUGCCAGAGUCAGCAGCCCAGCACCAGCAAACAACCCACAGCAAGGCUUCCCAGCCGCCAGACAGCAACAGUGUACCUCAACAGACUGCCGUGAAAUUACCAGCCGUCGUUCCAGACUCACAGCAGAGUCCCAAUCAGACCGCAGCUAUAGACAUGAGACUGCCAGAUAAAUGCCCACGGUCACCAGCGACGGACACUGUUGUGCAAAACUGUGCCUCACUGCCACCAGCCUCUGACUCAUUUAUAACUCCAGCAUGUCCAGCAAAUGAUUCUGUCAGCCAGCCGUCAGAAAAGCACACAGUCGCGAAGGAGAUCACCUCCACGUCACCAAACACUGAAUCCACUCCUGAGCAAAGCUCAGUAAAAUCCUCGCUUACCAGUUCUUCAUCGCCGUGUGUCACUAAAGCCACUGAAAUUACACAGCAGCAAUACACCAUCCAGUCAGAGACAACAGUCCUCUCCGGCCAGUCGGACUUAAAACCAGCAGCUGAAGACGUUGCAAAUGACGCUGCCUCUGCAUCUGCCAAACAAGUCAGACUGGAGCUGACUGACAGCCUGAUGUCAGCUCUUCACGCCCUGCAGAAAGCCCUGGGGGAACCCAAUGCCUUCAGCCAACAAGGAGCAAGGGCAGCCUACACCGCCGUGCUGCAGGAGUGGCUGCGCGUGUCCUGUCACAAAGCAGCUGACACGGCUGUUGUCAAGGCCUACAUGAACACAUUCGCCUCCAUCUCCCCUCAGCUGCUAGAGUUCGUGAUCAACAUGGCAGACGGUAACGGUAACACGGCGCUUCACUACACCGUGUCCCACUCCAACUUCCCCGUGGUGAAACUUCUGCUGGACACUGGCCUUUGUAAUGCUGACAAGCAGAACAAGGCAGGCUACACGGCCAUCAUGCUGACGGCUCUGGCUGCCUUCCACUCUGACAGCGACCUUCAAACAGUCCUGCAGCUGCUGCGCACAGGGGACGUCAACGCCAAGGCCAGCCAGGCCGGUCAAACGGCGCUGAUGUUAGCGGUCAGUCACGGUCGCGGGGACAUGGUGCGGGCGCUGCUGUCCUGCGGGGCUCAAGUCAACAUCCGUGAUGACGACGGCUCCACAGCGCUCAUGUGCGCCUGCGAACACGGUCACGUGGACAUUGUGCGUCAGCUACUGUCUGUGCCGGGCUGCGAUGCCACACUCGCUGAUAAUGACGGCAGCACUGCUCUGUCCAUCGCCCUGGAGGCCAGCCAGAACGACAUCGCUGUGCUUCUGUACGCUCACCUCAACUUUGCAAAGCCUCCUUCCCCUGUGUCACCCAAGUCUCCUCUCUUGGGUUCCUCGCCUCCUGCUGGUGAAACAAAAUAAAACCUGUUCGGCCUGCAGGUGACAGCAACUCUACAGGUGACAGCGACUCUGCAGCCAAUCCGCACAGCCGCUCCUCACUUUACAGUGUGAUUCUUCUUUUCAUCUGUUUAAUUAAGACAAACAGUGAGUUUGUGCGUGUGUUUACUUUCACCCUCCGUAAUUUAAGUACAUUAUAAUGUGCAGAUAAUUAUAUGAUGGCUUGCAUCCGUUGCUUUUUUUUUUUUGGUAACACUCUCAAUGGUCUUAUUUCAUCACAGCGGUGGUUGAAAAUGUGGAUUUCACAUGUGGCACAAUCUGACAGACUGAGCAGUGUUGUCCAGUGUUGCAGUGGUCCAGUUGUCAGCCCAGUUUUUCAUGCCACAAGUCAAAACUGUUCACUAAAUGACGCUAUUACAGUCCAUUAUUACACACAUGUUGUUUUAGUCCACAUGAAUCUCGUAUUAGUUGCUUUAUAGAGUGUUGUGUUUUCAUUGUAACGUGUAACAAUAGCUCUAACACAGUAGCAUCAUUAUUUGUGCGACCAUCACAGCCGUCUGGAAUAACAAAAGCCACCACCUCCCCCUUCAUGAAUAAGUGUCCUUGCAUCAACUAGCUGAUUGGUGCUAACAGAAAUAUAAUACAAUAAAACACCUCUUCAAACAAUAUAUCAAUAUUUAUACACAAGAUUUAUUAACUCCAGAGUAUUUUUGAUAUAUUUUUUUUUAUUAUUAUUCGAACUUAAUUCUCAAAGGAUCAGGAUUUUUAUUUCCCAGGCAAUGUUUAACUUAUUACACCCUUUAAACCACACAAAAAUCCCAAAAUAAACCCAAAGAUUUGUUUCCUGUCAGCUCUGUUACACUGUAUAUUCUGAUGAUAAGCGUGAAGGAAGAAAGAUGUCAGCAUUACUCUCGGGAGGCUGCGGUACUACGAUGUUUGUAUUUUUCUACGUGAAGGUAUUUUGGACGGUUGUAAAGAAAGAAUAGAGUGUGUUUUGUAAUAUUCUGUGAUUAUAAGAUUUAACGGGACUUUGUUGAAAAGUGGCAGAAAGCGCUGAUGAGACCACCUCCACUGUGGUCGUGCCGGUAAAGAUUUGUCCGGGAACUAGAAAGUGACUGAUUGGGGUCUUUGAAGGACGUGAUAAUGUAAGAUGUGAAUAUGAAAAUAAUAUAUGUCAAUAUAAACUGGUAGUUGUUAUGCCUAAAAUCAAAUUCUUUGAACAAAAGUGCAUAGGCUAUUGAUGUCAAAAUUUCUAUUCCUUUUUUUUAAAAAAAAAAAAAAAAAGAUUUUUUUCACAAUUUUCAUAAUCACUUUGAAGCAACUGAAUUUUUAUGAACUUUCAAGUUUUUAAUUUAAGUAUCUAUCUCUUUUAUACAUGUAGAAUUUUUAAGCUCACAUCUACUUUAUGUAAUCGCACAGCUCUUCAGUUUCUGUUUUAUGAUGGUUUAUGUAAAAUUCUAGAUUGUGUUUCUCAGUCGAUUAAUAAAUGUGGACCACACUG